GCCAUGUUGCCGGGCGCCCCCCCUGCCCCGGAAGUGCCGUGCUCCCGGAAGCCGCGCUCCCUUCACGGUCUCUUUCCGCCGCCAUCUUGGGCCCCGCUCCCCGCACAAAAUGCCCGGCGAAGCCACAGAAACCGUCCCGGCCACGGAGCAGGAGCUGCCGCAGCCGCAGGCGGAGACAGCUCCAGCUGCCCCCGUUCCUGCUCCCAUCCCUGCUCCAGCUGUUCUUCAUGCUGCUCAUUCCCCACCUCUGACUCCAUCUCCAUCUGCCCAGGCUCUCCCAGUGCAGCCACCCAGUGCUGCUGCCACGGCUCUGCCGGGCCCCCCGGCCCCCACAUCCCCCGCCGUGGUCCCGGCCGUGGCCAUCCCCGUGUUCUCUGUGCCUCCCCAGCCCCCUGCCCCGGCUUUGCCGGGCCCAGUCACCACUUCCCCUCCUCUGGCUCCGCCGUCCCCCGUGGGUUUUGCAGCCCCAGGAUCUCCAGGGCCUGCCCCAGUUAGCCCAGGAUCUCCAGGACUCCAGGCUCCAGUGUCCCCUGCUCUGGCUGCUGCUCCUGCUGCUCUCAGCUCUCCUGUGAAAGCUGCUCCUGCUGCUGUCCCUCUGAGCCCA